GCGCCGCUGCCGCCCGCGUCCGAAAAGCUCGGCCCUGUCGAUCAAUUCCGCGCGACCAUCUCUCAGCCCGUGGUCGCGGCUUUCUGCGCAGGCGGCGUGGCGGGCGCCGUCUCGCGCACCGUAGUGUCGCCGCUCGAGCGGCUCAAGAUCCUCUUCCAGGUCCAGAGCGCCGGGCGCGACGCGUACAAGCUCAGCGUGAGCCAGGGGCUGGCCAAGAUGUGGAGGGAAGAGGGCUGGCGCGGGUUCAUGCGUGGCAACGGCACCAAUUGCAUCCGUAUCGUGCCGUACUCGGCCGUGCAGUUCGGGAGUUACAAUUUCUAUAAGAGGCAUUUCUUUGAGCGAUACCCCGGGGACAGCCUCACACCGAUCUCGCGCCUGACUUGCGGUGGCAUCGCCGGCAUCACUUCCGUCAUUUUCACGUACCCCCUCGACAUCGUGCGCACGCGGCUCUCGAUUCAGUCCGCCUCAUUUGCGGAGCUCGGGGAGAAGCCGAAAAAGCUCCCCGGCAUGUGGCAGACCAUGAUCUCGAUGUACAGGACAGAGGGAGGCAUCGCGGCGUUGUACAGGGGCAUCAUCCCAACGGUAGCAGGCGUCGCGCCAUACGUCGGCUUGAACUUCAUGACGUACGAGUUCGUCAGGCAAUAUCUGACGCUGGAAGGCGACCAAAACCCCAGCGCUGCCCGGAAACUCGUCGCUGGCGCCAUCUCGGGCGCCGUGGCGCAGACAUGCACAUAUCCAUUUGACGUUCUGCGGCGGCGAUUCCAGAUCAACACCAUGUCCGGAAUGGGCUACCAGUACAAGGGCCUGAUGGACGCCGUCCGUGUGAUUGUCACCCAAGAGGGCUUCAGAGGCCUUUACAAGGGCAUCAUCCCUAACCUGCUCAAGGUGGCGCCGAGUAUGGCUUCUAGCUGGCUGAGCUUUGAGCUCUCCCGCGAUUUCCUCCUCAGCCUCAAGCCGGAAGAGGAGCCUUUGUUGCAAUGA